GCGCUGGUGUAAAGUCCACGGUACAUGAACAUAAUAUAAACCAGCAUCUGUUUUCGACACGAUCGAUCGUUGUCAUACGAAUACUCUUUAUUAAAUAUUAUUUAAUUAAUGUAAUAUACCAGUUUCAGUUUAAUAUUUGGAAAAGCAUUUGUAUUGGGCGUAUAUGUGAAUUAUUUUUUUUGUAUUUUGUUGCCGGGCUAUUUAGUCAGGUUGAGGACUUGUUUUUAUUUAAAUCUUAUUUUCUCUUGACUGAGAAAAAUAUUUUAUUGUAUAAUUGUCAUUUAGAGUUACGUUUGUUUUAGAUAUAAAGGAACAAAAUGCUGUCGGCGACAACACAAACCUUUGGAAGAACGUCCGGAGUAUUGCGUAGAGUGACUGCCGUGACUACUCGCUCAAUGUCAGCCUCCAAAUUUACGACCGUAGAUGUGAAUGAUAAGAGUGGAAUUGCAAUUUUAACUAUGAACCGCCCACCUGUAAAUGGUUUGAACUUGGACUUGCUUUCUGAUAUACACAAGUCAAUCGAUGAAAUCGAGAGCAAUAAGUGUCGUGGCCUUAUAUUGACAUCGGCUUCUAAUGCGGUUUUUUCUGCCGGUCUGGACAUUAUGGAAAUGUAUAAACCGAACCAAGACCGACUAAAGCAGUUUUGGACUAGUCUGCAGGAUACAUGGUUGGCGUUAUAUGGUUCAAGCGUUCCCACUGCAGCUGCAAUAAAUGGUCAUUCUCCGGCUGGGGGAUGUCUUCUUGCUACAAGUUGUGAAUAUCGUGUCAUGUUGCCAAAUUUUACCAUCGGCCUAAACGAGACAAAACUGGGAAUAGUAGCGCCUAAGUGGUUCAUGUCCACUUUUUGCAAUGUCCUUCCCAGACGCGUUGCAGAAAUGGCUUUAACUCAGGGUAAAAUGUUUAGCAGCGACGAAGCUCUCCAUUCAGGUCUAGUCGAUGAGCUGGCUCCUACUAAAGAAGAAGCAUUAGCAAAGUGUGAAAAAUUCUUUGCUUCAUUUGCCAAAACCAAUUCAUUCGCACGUGCAAUGACAAAGCAGCAAUACAGAUCCAAAGAUCUGCAGCAGCUGGAAGAUGAAAGGCAGCAGGAUUUGGAGGCCUUUGUAUUUUUCGUCAAUCAACCAAGUGUUCAAAAAGGUUUAGGUGCUUAUUUGGAAGUUCUCAAGGCCAAAAGCAAGUGAGAUUUCGAGGACUGGAUAAAUAUUUAAGUUCUAAUUAUUCUAUCUUGGUACUUUGUUAAAUUUUUACAGCAUUCAUUUCAAAGGGAUACAAAUGUUAAAAAUAUACAAAACUUCAGCAUUUAUUGUA